AUGACCACUCUCUCAACUCGCUUGCUCUCAGCUACAUACCUCUGCCAGCUUCAUUUUCCUUUGGAACAACAAAAGUCAACAACUCCUGCCGCACCCGCAAGCGCAGCACCGGCCGCCUCCGCCGCUUCUGCAGCAGACCCAGCCUCGGAGCUUUUGGCCCAGAUUGGUGAGCAAUCGACAAAGGUUCGCGGUCUCAAGUCCAACAAGGCAGACAAGGCCGUCAUUCAGGAGGAGGUCGCCGCUCUCUUGGAGCUCAAGGCCAAGUACAAGGACUUGACAGGCGAGGACCCCGCGCCGACCAAUGCCUCCAAGAAGAACUUUAAACGCUCGGCUGCGGCCAAGACCCAGGACCAAAAGUUCCAGCUCAAAAAUCCCAAGGGUAUGCGUGAUUACGGGCCCGAGAAAAUGGCUGUGCGAGAGCUUGUCUUCAAGCGCAUCGUUGAGGUCUUCAAGCGUCACGGCGCCGUCACCAUUGACACACCGGUCAUGGAGCUCAAGGAGACGCUCACUGGCAAGUAUGGUGAGGACAGCAAGCUCAUUUACGAUCUCGCUGAUCAGGGUGGCGAGCUUCUUGCGCUGCGUUAUGACUUGACUGUGCCUUUUGCCCGCUAUGUGGCCAUGAACAGCAUCAAGCAAAUCAAGCGUUAUCACAUUGCACGCGUGUACCGCCGCGACCAGCCCAGCGUGACCACUGGUCGCUAUCGCGAGUUUUACCAAUGCGACAUUGAUAUUGCGGGCCAGUUCAAUGGAAAAAUGAUGCCCGAUGCUGAAUGCGUCAAGAUUGUCACUGAGGUGCUGGAUGGCCUCAAGCUGGGUGACUAUGUGGUCAAGGUCAACAACCGCAAGCUGCUUGACGGUAUUUUCGCCGUUUGCGGUGUGCCCGAGGCCAGCUUCCGCGCCAUUUGCUCGGCCGUGGACAAGCUUGACAAGCAGCCCUGGAACGAAGUCAAGGCUGAAAUGGUGGACGAAAAGGGUCUGCCGGCUGAAAGCGCCGAUCGCAUCGGCGAGUACGUUCAGCUGCGAGCUGGCACCGGCGCCAACUUUUCCAUGCCCAACGCCGAUCUCAUUGCCCGCCUCAAGUCGAUUGAAGAGCUCUAUGCCAAUCCCAUGGCCAAGGAGGGCAUUGACGAGAUGGAAAAGCUGCUUGAUUACUGCCGCAUGAUGAACUGCGAGCACCGCGUCUCCUUUGACUGUAGCCUGGCGCGUGGCCUGGAUUAUUAUACGGGUGUCAUUUAUGAGGCCGUCUUUGUCGGCAAGCGUGUGGGCUCGGUUGCAGGCGGCGGUCGCUACGACAACUUGGUCGGCAUGUUCGACGCCAAGGGUCGCAAGGUGCCUUGCGUUGGCGUCUCUCUCGGCGUCGAACGCCUGUUCACCAUUAUGGAGGAGCAAGCCAAGGAGGCCGGCGAGACUUUCCGUGAAACAGCGACGCAAGUGCUUGUGGCCAGUGGUCAAGGCAUGGAUAAGGAGCGCUUGCGCUACUGUACCCGCCUAUGGGAGGCACAAAUUGGUGCCGUGACAUCCUUCAAGUUGAAGCCGCGCCUCUUGGACCAGUUCCAGCAGUGUGAGACGGAGCAAAUCCCUCUCUGUCUUGUGCUGGGCCCUGAUGAAUUGGAGCGUGGUGUCGUCAAGCUGCGCGUCAUGUCGACGCGCGAGGAAAUUGAGGUGCCUGACGCGGAGAUGGAGGCGGUGGUUCGAGCCAAGCUGGCCGAGCUCUGAUAGGGGGCUUUCCGAUAUCUGAUGAUUGGAGUGUUGCCAUCCUCCCCUCUUUUGUGCGUGAUUUGAAUUUGCCGCUUUGUUUUUUUCCUGUGGGUCAAUAUACUCUCUGCUC